AUGCACACUUGCUGCCCCCUGGUAACUCUGGAUCAGGACCUUCACAGGAAAAUGCAUAGCUGGAUGCUGCAGACUCUAGCGUUUGCCCUAACAUCUCUCGUCCUUUCGUGCGCAGAAACCAUCGAUUAUUAUGGGGAAAUCUGUGACAAUGCAUGUCCUUGUGAGGAGAAGGACGGCAUUUUAACUGUGAGCUGUGAAAACCGAGGGAUCAUCAGCCUCUCUGAAAUCAGCCCUCCCCGUUUCCCGGUCUACCACCUCUUGUUGUCUGGAAACCUUUUGAACCGUCUCUAUCCCAAUGAGUUUGUCAAUUACACUGGGGCUUCAAUUUUGCAUCUGGGUAGCAACGUUAUCCAGGACAUCGAGACCGGGGCCUUCCACGGGCUCAGGGGUCUAAGGAGACUGCAUUUGAACAAUAAUAAGCUGGAACUUCUGCGCGAUGAUAUAUUCCUUGGUUUGGAGAGCCUGGAGUACCUACAGGUCGAUUAUAAUUACAUCAGCGUCAUCGAGCCCAAUGCUUUUGGGAAACUGCAUUUGUUGCAGGUGCUUAUCCUCAAUGACAAUCUCUUGUCCAGUUUACCCAACAACCUUUUCCGUUCCGUGCCCUUGACGCACUUGGACCUGCGGGGGAACCGGCUGAAACUUCUGCCCUAUGUGGGGCUGUUGCAGCACAUGGAUAAAGUCGUGGAGUUACAGCUGGAGGAAAACCCCUGGAACUGCUCCUGCGAGCUCAUCUCCCUGAAGGAUUGGCUGGACAGCAUCUCCUACUCGGCCCUGGUGGGGGAUGUGGUCUGCGAGACGCCCUUCCGCUUACAUGGGCGGGACUUGGACGAAGUGUCCAAGCAGGAACUUUGCCCCCGGAAACUCAUUUCAGACUACGAGAUGAGGCCCCAGACGCCUUUGAGCACCACGGGGUACUUACACACCACCCCAGCUUCGGUGAACUCCGUGGCCACUUCUUCCUCCGCUGUUUACAAACCUCCCUUGAAGACCCCUAAGGGGACGCGCCAACCCAACAGGCCCAGGGUGCGCCCCACCUCUAGGCAGCCAUUCAAAGACCUGAGCUACAGCAAUUCUGGCCCCAGCAUCGCCUACCAGACCAAAUCUCCCGUGCCUUUGGAGUGCCCCACCCAGUGCUACUGCAACCUGCAAAUCUCCGACCUGGGCCUCAACGUCAACUGCCAGGAGCGAAAGAUCGAGAGCAUCGCGGAGCUGCAGCCCAAGCCCUACAACCCCAAGAAGAUGUACCUGACGGAGAACUACAUCGCGGCGGUGCGCAGGAGCGACUUCCUGGAGGCCACGGGGCUGGACCUCCUCCACCUGGGCAACAACCGCAUCUCCGCGAUCCAGGACCACGCCUUCGGAGACCUCACCAACCUGCGGCGCCUGUACCUCAACGGCAACAGGAUGGAGAGGCUGAGCCCGGAGCUGUUCUACGGCCUGCAGAGCCUGCAGUAUCUCUUCCUCCAGUACAACCUCAUUCGCGAGAUCCAGCCUGGGACGUUCGACCCGGUCCCGAACCUCCAGCUGCUCUUUCUGAACAACAACCUCCUGCAGACCCUGCCCGCGGGCGUCUUCUCCAGCCUGACCCUCCUCCGGCUGAACCUGAGGAGCAACCACUUCACCUCCUUGCCGGUGAGCGGGGUCCUGGACCAGCUGAAGUCGCUCCUCCAGAUCGACCUGCACGACAACCCCUGGGAUUGUACCUGCGACGUGGUGGGCAUGAAGCUGUGGGUGGAGCAGCUCAAAGCGGGCGUCCUGGUGGACGAAGUCAUCUGCAAGGCGCCCAAGAACUUCGCCGAGACGGACAUGCGCUCCCUCAGGUCGGAGCUGCUGUGCCCGGACUACUCCGACGUGGUGGUUUCCACGCCCACGCCCUCCUCCGUCCAGGUCCCCUCCAGGACCAGCGCGGCGACCCCCACCGUGCGGCUGAACAGCACGGGGGGCCCCGCGGGCUUGGGCGCGGGCGCAGGGGCGUCCUCCGUGCCCUUGUCGGUGCUGAUCCUCAGCCUGCUGCUGGUUUUCAUCAUGUCCGUCUUCGUGGCGGCCGGGCUCUUCGUGCUGGUGAUGAAGCGCAGGAAGAAGAGCCAGAGCGACCACGCCAGCACCAACAAUUCCGACGUGAGCUCCUUCAACAUGCAGUACAGCGUGUACGGCGGCGGCGGCGGCGGCGGCGGCGGCGCGGGCGGCCACCCCCACGCGCACGUGCACCACCGCGGGCCCUCGCUGCCCAAGGUGAAGACGCCCGCGGGCCACGUGUACGAGUACAUCCCCCACCCGCUGGGCCACAUGUGCAAAAACCCCAUCUACCGCUCCCGGGAGGGCAACUCCGUGGAGGAUUACAAAGACCUGCACGAGCUCAAGGUCACCUACAGCGGCAACCACCACCUGCAGCAGCAGCAGCAGCAGCAGCAGCCGCCGCCGCCGCCGCCGCCGCCGCCCCAACCGCAGCCCCCGCCGCAGCUGCAGCUGCAGCCGGCGGAGGAGGAGAGGCGGGAAAGCCACCACUUGCGGAGCCCAGCCUACAGCGUCAGCACCAUCGAGCCCCGGGAGGACCUGUUGUCCCCGGUGCAGGACGCCGACCGCUUUUACCGGGGCAUCUUAGAACCGGACAAACGCUGCUCCACCGCCCCCGCCGGCAGCAGCCUCCCGGAAUACCCCAAAUUCCCGUGCAGCCCCGCCGCUUACACUUUCUCCCCCAACUAUGACCUGAGGCGCCCCCACCAGUAUUUGCACCCGGGGGCCGGGGACGGCAGGCUGCGGGAACCGGUGCUUUACAGCCCCCCCAGUGCCGUCUUUGUAGAACCCAACCGGAACGAGUAUCUGGAGUUAAAAGCAAAACUAAACGUUGAGCCGGACUACCUCGAAGUGCUGGAAAAACAAACCACCUUUAGCCAGUUCUGA